GUGAAGUACCUCAGUUGCCUGUGUCCCAGCCCCCUUGCUAACACCGUUUACCGAAUCACUCUUCCAUCAUAUAUCAUUUGAAAAAGUCGCAGGACAACUUCUUGCAUACUUUGGUGACAUUGAAGAGAGCUUUAACAGCGACGCAACAACCUUCUUAUCCAGUCAUGUUUUCCAAGGCCACUGCCAAGUUUGUCCGUCAGGUUGACCCCGAGGGAAGCCUCAUCCACGUGUCUCGUAUCAAUGACUCUGACAAGCUGGUUCCGAUGGCUCUGGUGGUCAAACGCAAGCGCUUCUGGUUCUGGCAGAGGACCAAAUAUCAACCAACUGAUUUCAGCCUGAACGAUCUGUUGCUGGGAGACAAGGUGCUUGAAGCUGAUGUGUCCCACACCAAAUUUGCCACAUACAAGAGCACUUACGGAGAUAAACUCAUGUCCACGCUAGAAGCGGAGGCAGGCUCCGUCGGCUUCAUGCUUGAGGGUCGGGGCACCUCCAAACUCUUAGCAUGUUUUGACCAGCUGAGGAAAGAGGAACUGGAUGUGAAGAAGUUGCUACAAGACUCCAGCAACAGGCUGGUGGACAUGCAGCACAUGUUGGUGCAGCAGCUGGAGAAGCGAGCUGUGGUUUUGGCCGUGGUCAAAGAGAGAAUCAUCACCACCUCCGCUGGUACAGUUACGCAAAUCAAAAAGGAGAAGUGUGCCUUUAAUGGCAAGGUGGGGCUAAUGGAUGCACUCGGGUCCGUUAAGGUUUGUGUCAAGGACAGCAAUGGCAUCGAGGCGGACAGUAACGUCAUGUUGGAGAUCCCCUCUGAUACGGUCAUCGCGUACAGCAUCCUGGAACUGGACAUAAAAAAAGAUGGACACUAUGAGAUAUGCCUCCAGCCCGGAAAGAUAGGGGGCUUUGAGGCCGACAUGGUCAGGCCGUGGUCCUCCCAUGACUCCCUGAACGUGGUGGAUGGCAGGUGCCUCGGCGAGAAUACACCAGAGGAAGUACUACAGCAAAACGGAGCUGAGCUAGAAGAUCUGUCUCCUCUGGCUGAGCUUCCCCAAUCAACUCGACUUGUCUUGUUUCGUAAACUUCAAGACAUUCUGAGGGACAGAGCCACGCUGUCACAUCUGCAGUGUGAGCUGGAGGAGUUAUGCUUUGGUGAACGACCUGACAGAAUAGAGCUGGAGGAGCUGUCACACGGUCAAAGUGAAUUAAUAUGGGCCGUUCGGGAUAUCGUAGGCAGCACGGCUGCUCCCCUGAACGCCGCUCAUCUGUUGGUCAGUGCCCUGGAAGAGCUGCCUGAUGAAAGUCUGAGCCUUAUGGUGGACGGUCAGCCUGAAUUCUUUGAGGCCUUCAGCGCCAUGAUGAUGUUGAUGGAGAAAAACCUGCCUAUCCCCAUCCAGUCUCUUCCUGCUCCUCUGCAGAAAGAACAAGCGUUCCAGCAUGCAGAGAGGCUGCUCAGCUCCAUCGGCGUGACGCUGAGGAAGGGCGGUGAUGUCCUGUGUUUAGAGACAGGAGAAAGAACUGAAGUGGACCUAUUUGUCCUCAGCCUUAGCACACAUGGACUGGCUCUGAUUGGUAGUGGGUAAAAAGUAGGCCAGUUUAGGGUUGUGGGGUUUCCUUUAUUUUCUUUCUUUAUUGAGAUUUUUUAUAUUCUUAGAACAUGUUGUAUUACUACAGUCAUAUUAUUGAGGCUUCCUGUAGUUAAAACACAACAAAGCACUUCAAAAGCUAUAUUUCUAUAAAGUAUAUCAUUCUGUUUUUCCUCUAACACGGUCUUGUAAAAGUGUUUUGCCUUUUAAUUGUUUUUUUUUGUUUCAUUCAUGCUACCAUGAAAUUUCUUUCAUGUUAGCUUUUUAGUCAUGCUAAAAUUGCACACCUAUGUUCACACCACAAGUAUGCUAAAACUGUUAACAGUUUCUUGCCAUCAUGGUAUUUAAUAUAUAUUUUUAUUAUUAUUAAAGGUAUUUAUAGAACUAAAUGUUUUUAUCUGGAAUAAUGUAUCUUUAUUCCUAUGUUUUACUUCAUAAUAAAUCUGAAAAUGAGUUUUUAACUUGUGACCACUUUGUUUUAUAUUGCUAGGAUUGCUUUUC